CACGCACGUACUAUCUCUCCACGAGUACGCUGUCUAUUGCGUAGCUACUAAUUAUUAUCAGAACUGAAUUGAACAUUAAUGGCUACUACAACAACCUCGUCAUUUGUCUUUCUCAAAUCUCCUAGCUCACCGUCUUCUCAUACCACAACAUUAUUCAUGCGCAAUGGUUUGUUUCGAGCCCACAGAAGCAAAACCAUAAUGGCUCAAUCUGAUGUCCGAAAGGAACAGGUUGUGAUCGUGGGUGGUGGGAUUGCAGGCCUUGCAACUGCUCUGUCACUUCACAGGCUUGGAAUUCGGUCCCUGGUACUGGAGCAGGCAGGGUCACUUCGAACCGGUGGAACUUCACUCACCCUUCUCAAGAACGGGUGGAGGGUACUCGAUGCAAUUGGAGUUGCAAAUGAUCUCAGACCUCAAUUCUUAGAAAUUCAAGGGUUGGUGGUGAAGUCCGAGGAUGGGAGGGAACUACGCGCCUUCAAUUUAAAAGAAGAAGAUGAAAGCCAAGAGAUGCGUGCAGUGGAGAGGAGAGUACUUUUGGAAACCUUGGCUGGUCAGCUCCCUCCGGAUACCAUUCAAUAUUCUUCGCGGCUUGCAAGAAUUGAAGCAAGUCCAAACGGGGAUACCCUUUUGGAACUUGUGGAUGGGUCUAAGAUGCUUGCAAAGAUUGUAAUAGGGUGUGAUGGGAUUCGAUCACCAAUAGCUAAGUGGAUGGGGUUUCCUGAGCCAAAGUACGCUGGCCAUAUUGCUUUCCGAGGACUUGCUUCUUAUUCAGAUGGACAACCUUACGAACCAAGAGUGAAUUACAUCUAUGGAAGAGGGUUGCGUGCCGGUUAUGUUCCUGUCUCUCCAACCAAAGUUUAUUGGUUUAUCUGUUUCAACAGUCCAUCUCCAGGUCCAAAAAUAACUGAUUCAUCGGUGCUGAAGAAGGAAGCUAAGGAACUAGUCAGGAAUUGGCCUUCAGAGCUAUUGAACAUAAUGGAUUCUACUCCGGAUGACACUGUUAUUAGGACUCCAUUGGUAGAUCGGUGGCUUUGGCCAGCCACAACUCCAUCUGCUUCUGUAGGUAGAGUUGUGCUGGUUGGAGAUGCGUGGCAUCCAAUGACCCCAAAUCUUGGUCAAGGAGCCUGCUGUGCACUUGAGGAUUCAGUGGUUCUUGCUAAAAAGCUUGCAGGAGCCAUCAAGUCUGAAGACCCAUCUGUAGAAGAAGCUUUCAGGUCAUACAGCACUGAAAGAUGGCCCCGUGUAUUUCCACUAACCAUACGUGCAAACCUUGUGGGUUCCAUUUUACAAUGGGAGAACCCCGUGUGGUGUUCGGUUAGGAACAAUAUUGUCGUGCCUAAGCUAGUCAAGCUUGGACCAAUGCUGCAGCACACAAAUUUUACUUGUGAGAGUCUAUAAGCAAGGCUGGGAGGCUCAGUCAAGGGAUGAGGAGUUUCACUUCUGCUCAAUCUACCUACCUAGUGCCAACACUGAAUAUAUAUACUGCAUUUAUGUAAUGCAAAGAAAAAUUCUUAUGUUAAUUAUUGCAAUAGGAUGUGUUGAAAUUUUGUAGACUUGAAUAAGUAUAGUCAGUACUUGUAUGUUAAUCUGUCCCCUUUCUUUUCUGCCUAAAUGAUGUCUUGCAGAAAAUGACCUAGUGUGCUUUUACCUAUUAUUGGAGAUUUAGUAGUUGUAUCACUUACGUUUAAUUGUUUGUGGGAAAAGAUAUUUCUGUGGCUAUGAAACAGCAACAAU